ACGGGACCAUGGGGUGUUGCGACAGGGUGGUUUCGGGGUGUUGUAGGGGUUUGGGUGGGACGCUGGCUGUUGUGAGGUUGUCGCGGGACUGUUGGAGUGUUGGGGGGACCCUGGGGUGUUGUGAGAGCGGUGUCGGGGUGUAGCAGGGGUGUUUUGGGGUGCCGUACAGCGGGGCACUGGCGCUGCACUCCUGCGCCGGGGGAAGUGUCCUGGCACCGCUGGCAGCAGCUCCCGGAGCACUGGGAGCACUGGGAGCACUGGGAGCACUGGGACGAGGGCAUUGGGGAUUUCGGGACAGGAGCAUUGCAGCAGGGGCACUACGGACACUGGGAGGGGGUCGUGGAGACCACUGAGAGGACUGGGGACACUGGGAGCACCGUCCCCACACUGUCCCCACUCCCGCCCCCAUCCCCGCGCCUCAGUUUCCCCCCGCUCGCAGCCCGGGGCGGGGCGGGGGGGUCGCUCUCAGCCCCACCCGCGAUGCCGGGGGUCCCGCUGCCCUUCGUCUUCCUCCUCCUCCUCCUCCUCCUCGCCGGGGCGCCCGCCCAGCCGUUCCCGCGGGACCUGGUGGCUCGCAGCACCGUGGGGCUGGCAGCCACCGCCGCCUACCCGCGCUUCGGGGGCCUGCGGGGGGACAACGGCACGGCCCGGCUCGGCCUCGACUUCCAGCGGAUGCUGCGGCUCAACGGGACGCUCUUCGUGGCCGCCCGGGAUCACAUCUACGCCUUCGAGCUGGGGCAGGACAAGGGGACGCUGUACCCGGAGCGGCACCUCACCUGGGAGCCGCAGGACAGGGCGAACUGCGCCAUGCGGGGCCGGCGGCAGGACGAGUGUCACAACUACAUCCGAGUGCUGGUGCCCCGCGACGCCGAGACCCUCCUGGCCUGUGGCACCAACGCCUUCAGCCCCCUGUGCCGCACAUACCAGGUGAGCAGCCUGGCACAGCAGGGGGACGAGGUCAGUGGCCAGGCCCGGUGCCCCUUUGACGCCAAGCAAAGCAUCGUCGCCCUCUUCGUUGAUGGCAGCCUGUACUCGGCCACCGUGGCCGAUUUCCAGGCGAGUGAUGCCGUGAUUUACCGCAGCCUGAGCCCCGGGCAGGCUCCCCUGCGCACCCUCAAGUACAGCUCCCGCUGGCUGCAGGAACCCCACUUUGUCCAGGUGCUGCCCUACGGCCCCUACGUCUAUUUCUUCUUCAGGGAGGUGGCAGUGGAGCUCAGCGCCCUGGGCAAGGUGCUGGUGGCCCGGGUGGCCCGGGUGUGCCGCAAUGACCGCGGCGGGUCCCCGCGGGUGCUGGAGCGGCGCUGGACGUCCUUCCUGAAGGUGCGGCUGCAGUGCUCCGUCCCUGGGGACACCGUCUUCUACUUCGAUGUCCUGGAGGCCGUGACGCCCCCCCAGACCCUGCACGGGCGCCCCGCUGUCCUCGCCCUCUUUGGCACCCAGCCCAACAGCAUCCCCGGCUCGGCCGUCUGCGCCUUCUACCUGGCAGACGUGGAGCGGUCGUUCGAGGGUCCCUUCGCUGAGCCCCGUGGGGCCACCUGGACCGCGGUGCCAGAGGACAGGGUCCCCCAGCCCAGGCCGGGCUGCUGCGCCGGGAUGGGACCCGCUGCCGGUGUUGGCACCUCUGGGGACUUCCCUGACGAGACCCUGGUGUUCGCCAAGGAGCACCCGCUGCUGCACGGCGCCGUGAGCCCCGCGGGCGGGCGGCCCCUCUUCACCCACACCGGCACCAGGCUGACCCAGCUGGCCGUGGACACGGGCGCGGGGCCCCGCAGGAACCAGACCGUGCUGUUCCUGGGCGCCGAGGACGGGCGGGUGCUGAAGGUCCUGGCAGCUGCACAGCGCCCCGAGGCCCCCCAGCCCCCCGGGGGCACCCCGGCACCAGGGGACCCCCGAGAGCCGGGGGACAGCAGGGACAGCGGUGCCAAGACGCUGCUGCUGGAGGAGAUCAGCCUCUACGACCCCGGGCGGUGCCACAGCCCGCGGGGGGCCGGGGUCCCCAGCCGGGUGCUGGGGCUGGAGCUGCACCUGCCGGGCCGGGAGCUCAUCGUGGCCUUCGCCGGGUGCCUGCUGAGGCUGCCCCUGAGCCGCUGCGCUCACCACAGCUCCUGCCGAGGGAGCUGCCUGGCCGCACGGGACCCCUAUUGUGUCUGGCUGCCCUCCAGGGGCUGCGUCCCCUUCUCUGAGGAGCUCCCGAGUGGCUUCCAGCAGGACACGGAGGGAUCCCUCGGGAUCAGUGAGACCUGCCAAGGGGCUGCAAAGGACAGUGACGAGGAGGAGGACUUGGCCCACGGGGUGCGGCACCCCGGGCCCGGGCCCGAGCCGACGGUGCCGGUGCCGGUGCUCGUGGGCUGCGUGCUGGGCGCCUUCGCCCUGGGAGCCCUGGCCACCGGGCUGGUGGCCACCUGGUGCCAGCGCCCCGCCGUCCCCAAGCCGCCCCCGGAGCCGCCGUGCGCCCCGCAGAGCCCGGCGCAGCCGCCCGUUCCCCGCCUCUACCCCGCGCUGCCGCCCCGGCCGGUCCCGGGCUCCCCCGAGCCCCCGGGGCCGCCCCCCGCCCGCUCACCGCGGGAGCGGGAGCCCCCCGGGCCGGGUCCCCCGGGCAGGGCGGCUCGGGAGGAGGCUCCGCCGCGGCCGCUCGGGGGCUCGGGGUGGCCCGUGACCCCCCCGGGCUCCGGUUCCUUCGCCAACCGGGUCCUGCCGCGCUCCGCGGGCCCCGCGCCGCCCCUCGGGCCCCACGACCGAGCCCCGGUGCGCCUGGACGUGCCCCCCGACAGCCCCCGGACCCCGGCGGCCGCUGGCACAGAGCCGCUCGCUCGUGGGGACCCCCGGCAGCCCCCCCGGGCCCGCCCGGGGCCUCACCCGAAUGCACUCGCUGGGGACACCGGGGGCGCCGCCCUGGGGACCCCGGCCCGUUCCCCUGGAGCGCUCCCUGUCCAUGAAGCCCCCGGUGCUGCCCAAGCCGCUGCUGCUGCCCGCGGCCCCGGGGCGGCCCUGAGCCCCUCCCGGGACACCCCGAGUGCAGCUGGGGGACCCCGGGGUGCGGCUCCCACUGCCCCGGCUCUCUCCGGAGCCCUGAGGGUCCCCGUGUCACCAGGACAGCCCCCAGAGGUGACAGGGAUCCCCCCGUGUCCCCGCACUGCAGUGACAAGGGCUCCGUGUCUCCCGGCCCCCCCGCUUUUGCUUUUUUUUUAUUCUUUCUAAUUUAUUUUCUGUUCGGGAGGGAUGGGAGUUGCUGUCGCCCCCCUUGGGGACACCAGGAAGGGGGACACAUGGCCCAGCCCAUCCUACUGUGUAGGAGCAGGGCUGGGCCAGGGCACCGCACCAGUGGCGCAGGAUUUUAAUAAAAAAUACACAACAAAAAAUGA